UUAACCAUUUUGUGCAUUCUUCCCCCAAUUUUGCACUAGAUAUUUAGUUUUUAAUGAUGUCAUAACAAAUGUCUUUAUAUAUGGACAAGGUUCAUUAAUAAAAAUGUGUUUUAAUGAAAAAAUACUUAAACAAAACAAGAAAGAUUGAACCAAAGUCUUUAUAUACUUUUUAUGUUAAAAUAGGUUGGACAGAGCAAAAUCAGCAUCAGACUACAUCAAUAUCCCGAGAAACAGAAUUAAACGUUGCGUCACAUUUACCAAAUACCUAUGAACAACUUCAAAGCAGAGCCGAUACUGAAAAUAAUUUGGCUUAUGAUUCCCUACAUGCAAAUACCAGUGCAGCACAAGACAGCCAUUCACAGUAUGAGAGUCUUAAACAGGAAGCAGGGACAUCUCACACUUAUGCAGGUCUAGAAUACAACCGAUGAAAUUGUUUGCAGAUUUAAAAAAAAAGAUGCCUUUACCUUUGUUUAAAGGACAUACAAAAACAAACUAUAAGCACAAAUGUUUUUUGACGUAUUAUAUAUAUAUCUUUCAUGUCGAUAUUAACUUGUUCAUAGUUGUACUGGUUAGACGGAACAAUCAAUUGUAACAUUACCUAUUUUUAAUUUCUCGUUCUAAGGAAAAGCCGGCUUUGAAUGAUUUUUAUUACUGGUUAGUUUUCAUUGCCGUCACAAUUAUUCUAACAGUCAUUGUUUAUUGCAAAUUAAAUUGAAAUUUAUCUCUUGAAAUUUAUUUUGUGUGAUUUGUAAUUGCUUUUUAUUAUACAUUCAAGUAUUUUUUGUCAUCAUAUAAUUUUGAGCAUAAAUAUAUUUCUUGUAUCUCUGGUAUUCCAAUUACAUCAAUAUUGUUGCCAUAUGGAUAUAUGAAAACUUGCAAA